AUGACAAGCCCCAAAAGCGAUGCUCAGGUUGAUACCAUCUCCCAUCUAGAGACUGCAUCCGACCAAGGGAAAAACCGCCAAGAUUAUGAAGAGGAUGUCAAAGGGAGAGACUUCACAGUGGCUGAAUCUGAGCUACCGAAGGGUUACUUCACUAGUGCGAAUUUUCUAGGCUCCAUGUUUGCCAUUGGGGCUAGUUUCGGAUGCGGAGUUGGAGGCUUCGGUCUCGCGGCCCCAGUUCUCUCAUUCAUCAACGCGGAUAUUGGGCCGGAUCCCAACCUGAGCUGGGUGGCUCUCAGCUAUCUUCUAACAAACUCCGUGGGACUAAUGCUUGUCGGGAGAUUGAGUGAUUUGUUCGGUCGUCGUUGGUUCUUCAUUGGCGGCAAUGCUUUAGCAACAAUCGGGUGUAUUGUUGCAGCUGUUGCGCCUAAUAUUCCUACACUGAUUGCUGGAGAGACGCUUAUCGGACUUGGUGCUGCAUCACAAUUGUCUUACGCAUUUGCUGUUGGGGAGCUUGUGCCUACUACAUAUCGAUUCUUAGCUCAAGCAUGGGUAUUUGCAUGGGCAAUUCCAUCCAGUGGGUUCGCCCCUGCAAUCGCAUAUUCCUUCAUCUUCCAGACAAGAGUAGGCUGGAGGGGCAUCUUCUACCUCCUCAUCGCCCUCAACGGCGCGACCACUCUAGCAUGGUACUUCUUCUACCACCCCCCAACCUUCGCCAUGAAACACGGGAAAGGCCGUAAGACGCAAUUCAUGAAAGACUUCGACUACGUUGGGACAGUCCUCUUCGCUAUGGGUCUCCUCCUUUUCCUCAUGGGCAUCUCUUGGGGCGGCGCAAUACAUCCUUGGAACUCAGCCCAUGUGAUUGCCACCAUCGUCGUCGGUUUCUUGUGCCUUGUCGGAUUCUGCUUCUACGAGGCUUUUGCACCUUUGAAGGAGCCACUCCUACCAAUGAGGCUCUUUAAGAACAUGCCUUGGAAUAUUACCGUUCUUCUUUGGGCUCUGGGUGCCGCUGUGUAUUACGCACUCGCUAUAAUUUGGCCUAGUAUGGUCGCAGUUCUCUACUCAGGUGGUCAUAGCGUUAUGUGGGCAGGGUGGGUAUCGUGUGUUUCCAACAGCGGAAUUCUGUUUGGGGAAUUCGUCGGAGCAUUCUUCAAGAGGAAAACGAAUUUCCAGAUUCCAGUUGUUUUUAUUCUUGGCAGCGUCUUCCUCGCAGCGAUGGCGGCCUCAACACCAGACACCCCCGUCCGAGCAGCCGUCUUUGUCUUCCUCGCUGCGGCUUUCAUUGGCUGGAACGAGAUUCUCAAUUCCACGAUCGCUACUAUCUGUAUCACGGAUCAGCGUGAAAUUGGAACAGCAACUGGCAUCGCAGGGUCAGCGCGAUCCUUCAUUUCAACAAUCUGCUCAACUGUCUACACUGUCAUCCUCUCCAACCGCCUUGCAAAAACCAUCCCCGCAAAAGUUCCUCCCUCUCUCAUUUCUGCCGGUCUCCCCGCAUCCAGUGUUCCCUCAUUCAUCUCCGCACUCACACUCGGUACCCCUGCCGCAUGGUCCGCUGUCGCAGGGCUCACACCCGCAAUACAAGCAGCCGGGGUUAGAGCGUAUAAAGAGGCGAAUGCUAGUGCGUAUAGCACAGUUUUCCUGAGCACAAUUGCGUUCUGUGGGGUUGGGAUUGUUUGUUCGUUCUGGGCGCCGAAUAUUGACCAUUUGUUGGGCAGGGAUGUCGUUGUGCAGUUGAAUCAAAGGGGAAAGGAUGAGAUAGGGGAGAAGGUCUAA